AAAGUUUGGCUCCAGAGCUGCGGAGGGAGGGGGUAGCCCGGCCCGGCCCAGCUCUGCCCCCGGCCAGCCCGACCCCGGCCUUGGCCCCCGGACCAACCCUUAUCUGAUCCCAGCUCCGGGUUUAAGAGUGCAGGUCUUGUCCUCAGUACAGCUCCGUUCCUGCUCGCCGGGUCAGUCCGUCGGUUCCGCUGCCCCGUGGCGCAUCUGAGAGGUUACUCCACUGCGGACUUAAGAUGACAUCCGUUGCAAAGGUGUAUUACAGUCAGACCACUCAGACGGAAAGCCUGCCCUUAAUGGGCCCAGGGGUACGACGUCGGAGAGUCCUGACAAAAGAUGGUCGCAGCAACGUGAGGAUGGAACACAUUGCCGACAAGCGCUUCCUCUACCUCAAAGACCUAUGGACAACAUUCAUUGACAUGCAGUGGCGCUACAAGCUUCUGCUCUUCUCUGCAACCUUUGCAGGCACCUGGUUCCUCUUUGGUGUGGUGUGGUAUCUAGUAGCUGUGAUCCAUGGAGACCUGCUGGAGCUGGGCCCCCCAGCCAAUCAUACCCCCUGUGUGGUACAGGUGCACACACUCACUGGGGCCUUCCUCUUCUCUCUGGAAUCCCAGACCACCAUUGGCUAUGGCUUCCGCUACAUCAGCGAAGAGUGUCCACUGGCUAUUGUGCUUCUCAUUGCCCAACUGGUGCUCACCACCAUUCUGGAGAUCUUCAUCACAGGUACCUUUCUGGCCAAGAUUGCUCGGCCCAAGAAGCGGGCUGAGACCAUUCGUUUCAGCCAGCAUGCGGUCGUAGCUGCCCACAACGGGAAACCCUGCCUUAUGAUCCGAGUUGCCAAUAUGCGUAAGAGCCUCCUCAUAGGCUGCCAGGUGACAGGCAAGCUGCUUCAGACCCACCAGACCAAGGAGGGUGAGAACAUCCGGCUCAACCAAGUCAAUGUGACUUUCCAAGUAGACACAGCCUCUGACAGCCCCUUCCUCAUUCUGCCCCUUACCUUCUACCAUGUGGUAGAUGAGACCAGUCCCUUGAAAGAUCUCCCCCUUCGCAGUGGUGAAGGUGACUUCGAGCUGGUGCUGAUCCUAAGUGGGACAGUGGAGUCUACUAGUGCCACCUGCCAGGUGCGCACUUCCUACCUGCCAGAGGAGAUCCUUUGGGGCUAUGAGUUUACGCCUGCCAUCUCGUUGUCAGCCAGUGGCAAAUACAUAGCUGACUUCAGCCUUUUUGACCAAGUUGUGAAAGUGGCCCCUCCUGGUGGACUCCGUGACAGCACUCUACGCUAUGGGGACCCAGAAAAGCUCAAGUUGGAGGAAUCAUUAAGGGAGCAAGCUGAGAAGGAGGGCAGUGCCCUUAGUGUGCGCAUCAGCAAUGUCUGAUGCUGGAUUCCCACCUCCCCGUCUCUCUGGUUUCUUUUCCUCUCUUUUGGCACCCUGGGUAAGGGAUACUGCCCAGGUUUACUGAGUGCCCAGAAGCACCAAUCUCCUUCUCGUUUAACCCAGUGGUCUGUGGGUAGUCUAGGCCAAUUGAGGUUCAAGUUUUCCUCCCAUUGUCCUCUUUCACCUUCCGCCUCCCUUUCAUCCCAACACAUACACCUCCUUUAGGUCAGGAUGGGGGAAGAAGAGGGAGGAUUAGGCUGAAGUGGCUUCGAAGGCCUCAGCCAUGCUUGGAGACUCACAUCAGGAGGACCAUGCAGUUGGAUGGAGAGAUCCCCCCUGGCCACCAUCAGAAAGUUUGGUGACUUGAGGCUGGAGCCCUCUCCUUUUCUAUCUUCCCACUUAGCAAAUUCCCUAAGGCAAGACUCUCUCUGAUGAUUAUCUUGUGGUCUGUGCCCUCAGAAAUAUAGGAAUCUGGAAUCAAUUUGGUCUGGAAUGUUUACCACCUUUGUUGUAAGAAGCCAGGGUUUUUGAUGGUGUAGUCAGUUUUCAUUUUAGUUUCUGACCAUAACCUAGGACCUUGGUCACCACUAUUUUUCCCUCUAGUUUCUCAAGUGGAUCCUCUCUUAGGAUACCUAAUUCUCUCAUAGGUGCCUUUGUUCCCACAGAAUUGGGGUUGAUCUGAGAAACA